UUAUUCACCGUGGUGGCUUGUUCAUAAUCUAGAUACUACGCCAUCUUCUUGGAUGAAUGGGGUUGAACCGCCCCAUUGUCUGUGUGUGGGAAAAACCAAAUCCGCCAUCCCAGUGGACGAGGCAUAACGACUAGUUCGGUAAGCCAUUAAUGCCGUUGUCUGAUUUUUUUUUUUUUUUGGUCAUCAAGAAACAACUAACAGACCUCUUCCCCAAAGUGCGAAUGCAACCACCACGACUAACUCACGUAGUCGUAGUGGUUGAUUCUCCAGUGGGGUUAGGUAAGGGUGGUGCAUGUGUUGAAAGAGGGGGGGGCAGUAUUGAAUCAAGGUUAGCAUCCCUGAGGUCUUAUAUCUCGUUUGGCCAGGAUGACCCACUCGUAUCAUUUCGGGUGUGUAGCCGGGCGCAAGAUCGUUUUGCGUUCCGGCUCUUCUUCUAUCCAUCGUCGCUUGUACAACAUAACGCCCCCAACGCGAGGCGAACAUUAAUGUACGAUUCCUUCCCGGUCACUCUUGUGUGUAACAUGAUGUAUACAAAGAUCUUACAGAGAGCUGCGGGUCACCUAAUAGUGCGCAUUCGUAUUGUUUCCCCUUGUAGAAUAAUGGCCGUUUCCCGCCAAUGAGGUCCGUCGACGGUAUUGAAGAUCAACAGAGACAGAACACCGGGUAACGCCGUACAAGAAGAGUCGAUGGAAGGCUAAAUCACACAUGCGCAAGAAGAUAUCCAAAAUAGCAUUUUCGUUCCUUGUGU